AUGGAAGUUUAUGUGGACGACAUGCUGGUCAAAAGCAAAACAGCCGAUUCUCAUCUCCACAACAUCUCCCUCAUGUUCCGUGUCUUAAAGAAGUACAAAAUGCGUCUCAACCCAAGCAAAUGUGCCUUCGGCGUCUCUUCAGGCAAAUUCCUUGGCUUCAUGAUCAGCCAAAGAGGCAUUGAGGACAACCCUGAUAAGAUCAAGGCAUUGCUCGACAUGCAGACACCAAAGACACAGAAAGAUAUUCAGAGUCUCACUGGGCGAGUCGCUGCUUUGGCCAGAUUCAUAUCCAAAGCUACCGAUCGGUGCGCCCCAUUCUUCAAAGCCCUUAAAGGAAGUAAACGGCAGAUUGUCUGGAUUGCCGAAUGCGAUCGAGCCUUCCAAGACCUCAAGGUCUACAUGAGCAGAGCGCCCCUAUUAUCCACCCCUCUUCCCGGCGAAGAUUUAAUUCUCUACCUAUCGGUCUCGGCAACGGCAUUGAGUUCCGUACUCAUUCGCAAAUCGAACGGCAUAGAGCUUCCGAUUUUCUAUACUAGCCAUGCUCUGCAGGAUGCAGAGAUUCGGUACCCCGAAUUGAAGAAGCUCACCUAUGCUCACAUUCUCCCAGCUCGCAAGCUUCGGCCAUAUUUUCAGGCUCACAGUAUUGUCGUUCUCACCAACCAGCCUCUACGCCAAAUACUACAGCGACCCGAGACGUCCGGUCGGCUUGUCAAAUGGGCCAUCGAACUCAGCGAAUUCGACAUCCGCUAUCACCCUCGGCCUGCCGAGAAGGGCCAGGCCGUAGCCGAUUUCAUCUCUGAAUUGACUACUUCCGACAAGGGAGGUCCGGCCGAUAUCGCCCUCGAGCCGCCUUCGACGGCAUCAGCCAGCCACCCAACUGAAGGGACCUUUAAUCCAUCGAUUCCCCUUUGGACUCUCUACGUAGACGGCUCGUCCAACCGACAAGGCAGCGGAGCCGGCUUGGUACUAAAAGCCCCCGAUCAGACAACCAUUGAAUAUGCCAUCCGUUUCCAAUUCCCGGCUUCCAACAACGAAGUAGAGUACGAAGCUCUGUUGGCAGGCCUUCGCCUCGCCAGGGAAAUGGGUGCUCAACAGCUAAAGGUAUGCAGCGACUCACAACUUGUCGUUAAUCAGAUACUGACCCAAUUCGAAGCCAAGGAUACUUCGAUGGCUGCCUACUUAACGCAUGCCCGCCGAUUGCUCCACCACUUUCCCGCGUAUCAAGUUCAGCAGAUCCCCAGGUCCGAGAACAGCCACGCCGAUGCCCUGUCACGCCUGGCAUCGGCAAUCGACGACAACAUAGACGGCUCGUCCAACCGACAAGGCAGCGGAGCCGGCUUGGUACUAAAAGCCCCCGAUCAGACAACCAUCGAAUAUGCCAUCCGUUUCCAAUUCCCGGCUUCCAACAACGAAGUAGAGUACGAAGCUCUGUUGGCAGGCCUUCGCCUCGCCAGGGAAAUGGGUGCUCAACAGCUAAAGGUAUGCAGCGACUCACAACUUGUCGUUAAUCAGAUACUGACCCAAUUCGAAGCCAAGGAUACUUCGAUGGCUGCCUACUUAACGCAUGCCCGCCGAUUGCUCCACCACUUUCCCGCGUAUCAAGUUCAGCAGAUCCCCAGGUCCGAGAACAGCCACGCCGAUGCCCUGUCACGCCUGGCAUCGGCAAUCGACGACAACAUAGGUCGCCAUGUGCCAAUCGAAAUCCUCUCCCGGCGCAGUACCGCUGACACAGAG